UAUUUAACAGUUCUUUGCACAUAUGUUGUCUACACAUUGUUAUUGUAAUCUACUUUAUUGUUGACAUUAUUUCAAGCGAUAACAAGGUUAGGUUAGGUUAAAGUGAUUACCUUUUGCACUUUAUUGAUAUCUUUACCUAGCCUAUAUAGCCGUUCAUUCGUUUUCCGACAUCCAUUGUUAUUUCACGUGUAUAAUGUCUCGAUAUUCUUUAUAUGUUUUAUUUCAAUUUAUAGUUUCGGCUCAUUGUUUCUUACACCGGUAUCCAAAGUUAAAUCUCGACAGUCAAGUUCAUGGAGACACUGGAUCACCUUUAUUUCUCACUCCAUACAUAGAGAGCGGCAACAUAACGGCUGGAAGGCAACUAGCUCGAGUACCAUUUACUGAAAGUCUACGCAUUAAAAGCUAUGCAGGGUUCUUCACGGUUGAUAAGAAAUACGACUCAAAUCAAUUCUUCUGGUACUUCCCAGCGAUGAUACCAAACAACAAAGAUGCACCAGUUAUCGUUUGGCUACAAGGUGGACCUGGCGCUUCAUCGUUAUAUGGACUUUUCACAGAAAAUGGACCUUUGAGAGUCAGAGACAAAAAAUUUGAACGUCGCAAGUACAAUUGGGCUUUAAGCCACCAUAUUAUUUAUAUUGACAAUCCCGUAGGCACAGGAUUUAGUUUCACAAAAGAUCCCAAAGGCUACUGCAAUAAUGAGACACAGGUUGGUGAACAACUGUAUUCAACUAUCACACAAUUCUUCCAGUUAUUCCCUGAGUUACAGGAGAAUAAAUUUUUCAUAACAGGAGAAUCUUAUGCUGGCAAAUAUGUCCCUACCUUUGCUUACACAAUUUACAAAAAGAACCCAACAGCAAAGACUAAAAUUAAUUUAAAAGCUAUAGCAAUUGGCAACGGCCUCAGUGACCCAGAACAUCAGCUGGUUUACAGCAAAUAUUUGUAUCAAAUUGGUCUCUUAGACUGGAAUCAGGCUAAUACUUUUAGAGAAUAUGAAUUGAAGGGCAUUGAUUAUAUUCAAAAGAAGCAAUGGGAUAAAGCAUUUGAAGUAUUUGACACUUUAUUAAAUGGAGAUUUAAUUGAUGGCAAGAGCUUAUUCUACAAUAUGACAGGUUUUGAAUUUUACUUUAAUUAUUUGCAUACAAAGGAUUAUGUAGAUUUUGAAGAUUUCGGUCCAAUGCUCCAAAAGGCUUUUGUAAGAAGAGCAAUACAUGUUGGUAACUUAACUUUCCACACGGGACAUGAAGUUGAGGAACAUUUAAAAGAUGAUUUGAUGAAGUCUGUAGCUCCACUGAUGACUGAACUUUUGGAUAAUUAUUAUGUCCUUAUUUAUAACGGUCAACUUGAUAUAAUUGUUGCCUAUCCAUUAACAAUAAACUAUUUAAGGAAUCUCAAAUUUACUGGAUCUGAGGAUUAUAAGACUGCUAAAAGGUACCAAUGGAAAGUAGAUGGUGAGUUGGCUGGAUAUGUGAAGCAAGCUGGCAAGUUGGUGGAAAUUAUGGUGAGGAAUGCAGGUCACAUGGUACCUGGAGACCAGCCUAAGUGGGCAUUAGAUAUGAUCACCAGAUUAACUCAUGAGAAAACCUUUUAUUAACUUGGUGAAUUUAAAGUAUAUUUUCAUAGUAUUUUAUAAGCAAUGAAUCUGUUUAGGUAAGCUUUAGUUAUAAGGUAAAUACAUGUGAUAAACCACUUGUUCAGUUUUAAAAAGGUUAUGAGUGUACACUGCUGAAAAAAUUGGUUGAAAUAUAGCCAUCCCUUUCUACCUCUUUGAAAAAAUGUAGAUACCAAACCUUUAUAAAGUGUAACAGCAGUUGAAUUGUACAGUAACUGUAAUCAAGUAACAUUUGAGUCAAUAAAGAUAUAAGUUGUAAU